AUGGCUUCUGAUGGAGAUAGGGUAUUGAUCAGAGCAAGGACAGUAGCAGUAGUCGGCGCUGGUCCUUCAGGUGUGAUAGCAGCAAAGUACCUGAGGGCCGAGAAGGCAUUUGAAAAAAUUGUCUUGUUCGAACAGAGAAGUCGACCUGGGGGGAUAUGGAUCUACACUGGCGAGCAGCGAGACGAAAACCUUUUCGACAUACCCCAAACGAACCCGAACAAGGACUUUCAGAAACCGGAAUGGCAACCCAAAGAAAAGGUUACCAACGGAGACGUUGGAAUAAAUGGCGCCGAUAACACAUUCAAGACUCCCUCUUUCUUAUCGCCAAUAUACGAAACACUUGAGACCAACAUUCCCCGCGGGCUAAUGGGUUUUCAAGACCUCAACUGGCCAUCUGACAGCCAGCUCUUCCCUACCCACGAAACAGUCCUAAAAUACAUCGAAGAAUACUCCACCGACGUCCAAGACCUAGUUCAAUACUGCACUCAAGUUACCAACGUCGUACCCGUCGACCCCAACAGUCCCACCAGCCCCUGGACCGUCACAACCAAAAACCUCCUAACCAACGAGUCCACUUCCGAAGUCUACGACGCAGUCAUAGUAGCAAACGGCCACUUCAUCGUUCCUUCCAUCCCCUCCAUCCCGGGUAUUCAAGACUGGGCCGCCCACCACCCAGGUCGAAUCACGCACUCAAAAUACUACCGCCGCGCCUCAGACUUCACGUCAAAGAAAGUAAUCGUAAUCGGCAACUCCGCCUCAGGGGCCGACAUCAGCGCUCAAAUCGCCUCUACCUGCACCCUCCCCCUCCUCUGGUCCACGCGCUCCCAAUCCCUCUUCAGCACAACCCACGGUGCCGCUUCAGCCGAUCAGCGACGCCACGAAGUACCACCUAUAGCUCGUUUCCUACCGGCAACCCGCGGUGUCGAAUUCGCAGACGGAUCUCAAGCCCACGACAUCGACGCCAUUGUCUUCGCCACCGGGUACUUUUACAGUCUACCAUUCCUGGAAUCCGUCGAGCCAAAACUGAUUACAACGGGGGAAAAGGUAAACCAUACAUUCCAGCAUUUAUUCUACGCACCAAGACCCAGUUUGUCGUUCCUAGCGCUAAAUCAGCGUGUAAUCCCUUUCCCCAUUGCGGAAGCACAGGCUGCGGUGCUGGCGCGCGUGUAUGCGGGGCGUCUUGAUUUACCUCCCCUUGCUACAAUGCGCGACUGGGAGAAGGCAGUGGAAGAAGAGAUGGGUUCAGGUCGAAAUUUCCAUUUGCUCAACUUCCCAAAGGAUGGGAAGUACAUCAAUGAGAUGAGUGCGUGGGCAGCGCAAGCGGAGCACAAGGAAGGAUUGGAAAAUGGAGGGAAAGGCAAGAAGCCGCCAGUUUGGGGAGAGUGGCAAUUUUGGUGCCGCGAGCAUUUUCCGAAGAUUAGGCAGGCGUUUGGAGCUAGGGGUGAGGCGAGGAAAGAGGUCAGGACGCUGGAGGAGUUGGGGUUCGUGUUUGAAGGGGAAAAGGUGGAGGGCGAGAAAUAG